AUUCAUUGGUCAACGCCGGUGAUCUCCCUAUGGCAUAUUUUCUCUCCGUUACCCUGUCCUCUGUUUCAUUUUCCGGAGCUUCAAUCGGGUCAGAUCAUAGUCUAAGUUUCAAUUCGGGUCAAUUAAGGUCUUCAAACAUGGUCGCUCACUAUGGCAGUAGUAGCAUCUUGUUCAGAGGACCUCGUUUACCCUUUUUCCGCUCCAUAGCCAGCAAUCGCAACAAGAGGAACACAUGCUGGAAACCUCCGCGAGCAGCUGCAAUGAAUGAUUUUUGGAUCCCUAUGAGCAGCUCAGCUGUAAAAAAUAGGGCAUGGACUGAAAACAUAAGGAGUGUGAGAUUGAUAACUGCAGUUAAAACUCCAUACCUACCUAAUGGGCAAUUUGAUCUUGAUGCAUAUGACAACUUGGUAGAUAUGCAGAUUGCAAAUGGGGUUGAAGGUAUUCUUGUUGCUGGCACAACUGGUGAAGGGCAAUUAAUGACCUGGGAUGAACAGAUAAUGCUUAUUGCACACACAGUCAACUGUUUUGGUGAUAAAGUUAAGGUUGUUGGUAAUGGCGGAAGCAACUGCACAUCAGAGGCAAUUAAGGCUACUGAGCGUGGUUUUGCGGUUGGAAUGAAUGCUGCACUUCAUAUAAACCCCUAUUACGGAAAAACCUCCUUGGAUGGUUUGCUUGCUCACUAUAAUAGUGUGCUUUCUAUAGGUCCUGUCAUCAUAUAUAACAUACCUACAAGGACUAAUCAAGAUAUUCCUCCUAGUGUAGUUCAAACCUUGGCUCAAAGUCCUAAUUUGGUUGGUGUGAAGGAGUGUGUGGGAACUGAGAGGAUUAAACAGUAUACAGAUCAAGGAAUUGUUGUGUGGACUGGGAUUGAUAAAAUAAGCCAUGAUGCUAGAUGGGAUUUUGGGGGUAUUGGGGUUCAAUCUGUUGCUAGCAACUUGAUUCCUGGUUUAAUGAGAGAACUCAUGUUUGGAGGCAAGAAUCCUACAUUGAAUUCAAAAAUCAUGCCUUUGUUUGAUUGGCUUUCCCAAGAGCCACUUCCAAUUGCUUUGAACACAGCUCUUGCUCAACUUGGGGUCAUCAAGCCAGUUUUCAGGCUACCCCAUGUACCUCUGCAUGUGGAACAAAGGAAAGAGUUUGUCAAUUUGGUGAAGCAAAUGGGGCGAGAGCAUUUUGUUGGAGAAAAAGAUGUUCAAGUUCUUGAUGACGAUGACUUUGUCAUAGUUGGUCGAUAUUAAUGUGGAUUACCUUCUUCAUGUCUUAUUUUAAGUUUCUCUGUUGGGUAAGGUUUGCCACGGUUCAAAAACCAGAUCUUGUACAUAGUGUCAGUUCCAGUAAAUAAAGCCAAGAUUUUGUUUCUAUGUCACGGUUUGCAGUGUACAGGUCAAAUUGGUGCCAACUUAUAUAUGCUUAUGAA